UGUUUUCUGGCAUCUGUUUGCCUCUUUCCAUUUCGAUCUGCAACUGUAUAAAGAUUAAAGAAUCUAAUCUUUAGUGUAUAUUUCGGGUACUUCAGAAUGACGAUGGUGGCUGGGGACUACACAUCGAAGGUCACAGCACCAUGUUCAGCACAGCUCUCAGCUAUAUUUGUAUGCGUAUUCUCGGAGAAGGACCUGAUGAUGGGGGCCAAGACAAUGCUUGUCCAAGAGCUAGAAAGUGGAUUCUUGAUCAUGAUGGUGUCACACACAUGCCCUCUUGGGGAAAGACUUGGCUUUCGAUACUUGGUUUGUUUGAUUGGUCUGGAAGCAACCCUAUGCCCCCAGAGUUUUGGAUUCUUCCUUCAUUUCUUCCUAUGCAUCCAGUUGUGUAGAUACUUUUCACGAAGAGAAGAGCAAACGUGAAAGAAGAAAAGAAAACAAAGCUUUGACUAUGGAAUUGUUGGCUGUGGCAUAUUCGUCCUUUGCAGCCAAAAUGGAGGAGAUUAUAUAUAGGUUGGUCAUGCUGGAAUUUUUAGCCACACAGAAGUAUUCUCUUGCAUCUAAUUCAACUUACAAUGUGGAAGAGGCUGGUGAUCUGUAAGGCAGAAAUGGAGGAAUGUAUAGAUUUGAUAAUGGAAGAAUUAGAGAGUUUGUAAGAGUUAGUGAAAAAGUUUGUGAACCAGCUUUUAUGAUAUGUAAAACGAUAGCAUAUUCGGCAAACAUUAUAAGAUUAUGAUUACUACUCUUAUCGCCUAAACCCGCA